GCUAAACGCCAAUAUAAACUGACAGAAUAUUAGAACUAUUUAAGAACUUAUCCAGUAAAACAAUAUUCAAUUCAAAGAUACCUUUCGCCAGAGAAGAAGCGGAGCGCAAGUUAUUCAACGCAAAAUGGCCUGAUUCAGUAGAAAUCUUCUAAGCUCAAAAUAGUUUUCCUCAGUAGUUUCACCUUCUAUAAGUAACCUAAGUUUAAUUUUUUUUUUUUUAAACGUGAGAUCUUUGAAAUUUGUCAGUGGCUCUCCAGUUUAUACGCAUAUGAGAGCUCUAUGUGAACACUCAGCCGCCCCGCGUAAAGUCUGUAUAUUUGUCGAAGUCAUGCAACAUAUCGUUCUGAAGUGCAGCACUUAUGUAGCAUUAUAACACAAAGUCCUAAUAUAUCUCACGAUUUUCUUUAAAUGCAAGGAAGAGGGAUGCUUUAUGUCUACGAAAUGAAAGAAAAUAAUGUUACUGGACUAGUAACUGAACCAAGGACUCCCUAUCACGAUAAACGCGGAGGCUAGUCGCUUUAGGGCCCCUAUUAGGCCAACUGGGUUUAACAUUUCAACGGUUCUUAACAAUACCAACAAGUAAUUUAUACGCUUUACUGUCUAGGGUCAAAAUCGAUCCUGAACAUGGCGGAAAGAGAAGGUCAGGAAACGACAGAAGAUGAGAUUCGCGAAUAUGACGACUUAUUCAAGCGAUAUGUUCACUCAUUUGGUCGAUAUCAGAAGAUUGUAUUGUUCGCGUCUGGGUGUCUGGUGAUGCUAUACUCAAGUCAGUUUGGUGCUCUGCUGUUCGUGUACGGUACUCCCAACUUUCACUGUGAAGACACAAACUCGACAUGUCCUCCCAACAAAUGCUGCAACAACUGCACCAGUUACGUGUUUGAUGGCCCGUUUCGUAGCGUCGUCUCGGAGUUUAAUUUGAUCUGUGACAAGGCGUACAUCGGUGCUACUGUUCAAGCCUGCUUUUUUGGAGGGAUGCUUGUUGGCGCCACAUCCUCGGGUAUCUUGGCUGAUUACAUUGGACGACGGAGGACCAUCUUUAUUACAGUUUUUAUUGUGAUACUGUCAUCAGUGUGUUCAGUGUUUGCUGACUGUGUUUCUCUACUGGGGGUUCUUCGGUUCAUGAUAGGUAUUGGCAGCGGUGGGAUCCAAGCAUCGCAUUUCACUUUAGGCCUAGAGCUGUUGGGACCUAAACAUCGAUCCUUGUAUAGUGUUAUUUAUCAGAUCUAUUUUACUGCUGGGUACUUCGUCUUUAACUUUUUCGCUUAUUUUGUGAGGGACUGGAGAUUACUUAUAUUGAUGAAUAGCUUGCCAGGGAUUAUACUAUACUUAUUUAUGAGAGUAUUUCCCGAGUCUCCUCGAUGGCUUCUUAGCAAAAACAGACUAAAAGAAGCAGAAGAUGUCCUUGUUAAGUGUGGAAGCGAUUCUCUGGAUCGAAAUCAACUCAAAAAAGCGAUCAAAGAUAUUAGCAUUGCACAGAUUAACGAAGAAAAGAAGAGACAAGAAAGAAUUUACACGCCUCUUGAUUUGGUUCGCACGCCAAAACUCAGAAGAAGAAGUAUUUUUCUCGCAAUAAACUGGUUUUCGGUUAGUUUUGUUGGCAAUGCUUUCUUUCUGUACAUUGGAAAUCUAGCAGGAAGUAUCUAUCUAAACUUCUUCCUCGUCAAUAUUGCUUGCCCUAUAGGCGCUAUAGCAACGGGAUUUCUUCUAAAACGCAUUGGCCAUCGUUUGACACAUGCUGUUGUCCUGUGUAUGGUUGGGAUUCUUUGUUUGGCUUCUCUCGUAGUGCCGGAUGAUCAACCGCUUGCAAGAACUUGGAUUUUCGUGUCAGCGUUUGGUAUUUCAAAUGGAAUGUGGGUCACAAUCUUUCUUAUUGGGACUGAGCUGUUCCCUACCGUUCUGAGGAGUACAGCGGUAGGCACUGGAUACACAGUUGGUCGUGUUGGCGGCAUUUUGGCUCCCUACGUAGCAAUACUGGGCCAGCUUCCAGGUCUCACCAUAACUCUACCCAUGACCAUCUUCGGCGCCGUUGCCAUCGCAACAUGCAUAGCAACACUAUGGUUACCAGAAACGAGCCAUUCUAAAAUGCAUCAAACCAUCGAGGAGGAAGAAAANGCACCAGAAUUUUACUACAUGCCUUGUUUUAGGAAAGGAAGAAGGCCUGGUGAACAGGAAAAAGAUGAAGUCCAAGUUGAAUCUGAUAAAUACACAGUUGCAAACUCACAAGUCACAUCUAUGUAGUAUGAUACAGGAGAAAGAAUAGAUGUUAGUUGGGUCCCGGUGUUUGAGGGUUUAGAAGUUGAACCGUCCCACGAAGUACGCUUUCUGCAUUUGCAUCUUUCAUAGGUUUCCAAUUCCGUCCCGAGUCUAUAAACUAGCACUCAGUCAGGUACAAGAGCCGAAUCGUAAAAACCACAAUACAACUGUCAUGAAGUCAACAAUCUGUAGCCUAGUGGCCUAAGUUAGACGGCAUGGGGAUAGCUAUUUUCGUAGUCUGAGGACUCGAGCCGGGACUCGACGAGAAGGGUUCAAGAAAAAGACUCGAGCUAUAGGACUCGAGCCAUCUCAUAUGACUUGAACAGAGACUCUCCAAUGACCAGGACAAAUUUGUUUAGAACUGUUACAAGCACGUUUUUCAUGUUUUUUUUUUUAAGAGAGUGAUAAUACGAUUAUUAGUAAAGGAAGACAAAGCGCUUAAUGUCAUUUUCAAGUCACAAGCAAUAAUGAGAAAUAACGCAAUGCAUUACAAAAGGUUCACUGAAUGAAAGAAUAUAUUUUAUUAUUUUUGUUUAGGGUUGACACUUCAUGCGUAACGCUUUGUAAACUCUCGAAACACUGAACACCCUGUACUUAGAUAGGACAUUUAGUAUGAACACCCUGUACUUAGAUAGGACUUUAGUAUGAACACCCUGUACUUAGAUAGGACUUUAGUAUGAGUACAUCAUACAGAUGAAACAACCGGCUGGAUUCUUUUGUUUUCUAAUAAACACUUUGUGGAACGCCCACGUAUGAGGCUAAUGCAA